AUCAACUUUAAAAUGGAAAUUUCAUUAGUACACCAAAGCAACUGAAAGCGAACGUGAAGACGUGACCCGGGCGACAACGCGCUCGAUAUACACUAGUCUGAAAGAGGGAAGGCGCAUUAAAGUUGCUCUCUCGUGAGCUUCGAGCACCUGCAAUCUUCACAACCACAGCUUCAUCUCCGCACAUUGAAUCGAUAUUUGAAGAUUGAGAAACACUACUUUGAGUGUGCUUGUAGCUCACAUCUGACGAGAAGCCAGUUGCCAAGAGAAGGACGGGCCCCUGCACAAGCAGGAUGGAAGAAGUACCAGAUGGCAUCCAUCAAUGGCUGAGCGUUGAUCAGUUUCCUGGGCAUCUACAAAAGUACUGGUUUCAACGUUUCAAGAUCUGGGACAAGUACGACAAGGGGAUCUGGAUGACAGAAGACGCGUGGUUCGGUGUUACCCCAGAGCCCAUAGCAAACAAGAUCGCAGCACACAUCGCAGAAUCGGCACCAAAAGCGAAGACUGUCAUCAUCGACGCAUUCGCAGGUGUGGGCGGCAAUGCAAUCGCACUAGCUCGCUCAGGUCGCUGGGAGCGAGUGUUUGCUAUUGAGAAGGACCCCAAGACCUUGAAGUGCGCAAAGCACAACGCAGAGAUCUACGGCGUUGCAAAUAAGAUUUUCUGGCUAGCUGGCGACUGCUUUGAGGCCAUCAGCAGAUUCGUGGGGCAGGAGAACACCAUCAUAUUCGCCAGUCCGCCAUGGGGGGGCACAAGUUAUGGUGAGGACGAUAUCUUCGAUUUGACGAAGAUGGAGCCGUACAACCUCGACAAGCUUUACAAGAGCUUUACAAAGUACAGCAAAGAGCUCGUGUUGUAUCUUCCCCGAAACUCAGAUCUGAACCAGAUCGCGAAGUAUGUGCCAGAAGAUCAGAAGCUAGAGGUCGCCCACUAUGCCAUCAUGGGUGCCAGCAAGGCGUUAUGCGCGUAUUUCGGUGACUUUAACUUUGACGUUGCAGAGGAGGAAGUAGAGGAAUGACUCAUAUCGUGGUCGAUAGUAUGCAGGUAUGCCCUGGGACAGAACGGACGACUAUACCACGUUUGACAUGAACGAGCGUUUGUCCGCAGUACGAGAAGAUAGGAACGAUGAUCCGCAAUUGAAAAACCAGCAUCUUAGAUAUGA